UGCUGGCUUCAUUCUCACCUAGCAGUCAAGAAGAGCACACACAUUGCUUGAAUGAAGCACAUUCAUUGCAACGAUAGUAGUCGAUAAAAAACACACUUGCCUCAAUACAUGCAAGUCUCACGCAAGCUCUUCCAGUACCAGGUUAAUCAUAAAAUUGGUUGCUUUUACAACAAAUAAAGUGGCGUUUUCCAUUUAAUAGUUUAAGUAUACUGAACCAAAAGAUCUGCAAAAAUAAAGGGCCAGGAGAAGCACCAAACAACAAACUUGAUCAAGAAUAUAGAAGAUGAGCCUCACUAAAGAACGCAAACCAAAGAAACCUCACUACAUUCCUCGACCUCCAGGAAAACCAUUCAAAUAUAAAUGUUUCCAGUGCCCGUUUACAUGCAAUGAAAAAUCACAUCUGUUUAACCACAUGAAGUACAGUCUGUGUGAAAAUUCAAUUUCACUCGUUGCAGACCAGGACCAAACAGGAAAAUGCCCAAAGACAAGUUCCAGUGAGACUAAUAUACUCAACCAGAAAGAUGAUGAGUCAAAUGAGUGCAAUGACACAAGGAUACCAACUAGUCGACUCAAUAAGAGUUCAGAAUAUACAAAUACUGUUUCAAAUAAACCCUCAAGUCAUCAGAUCAUCGACAAUAAUGACAUAAAAGAAAAUGCAGGAGUGGUUAAUCAAGCAUUUUCUCCUGUUCCAAGUAUGAAACCACAUCACUUGAUUCCUACAAGUGAAGCUGAAAAAGUAGGAUGUUUUGAAAAGGAGCAAAGAUCCUCAGCUUUCUUGCCUGUUGGAGGUCUGAGAUCCAGUGAAAAACCAGAAAAAGUCAAUAAAGACACACAUUCUGCUUCUGAAAAUUCAAACAAUAGAACAUCUCCCAACCGAAUGAAAUCAGCAUUUUAUAGCCCAGGUGACCAGUGGAGAGCAUGUUCUUCAACUUCACCAGAAUUUUGCAAAGCAGAUAAAAGUUUUGGCUCAAUUCCUCCCAACACAUCACCUCUGAUUCCAGAUUAUACACACUAUUACAGUGAACGAGGUUCAAGAGUAGUCUUUUCACCCUAUCUCCUCACUGGUAAGCCACCUGAACAUAACAGCCCAAAAAUUCCACUGUAUGUCUCAGCUGACCAGAGGAAUUUUCUGCUCCCUCACCUACAAAAUCCAGGCAUGACCUUGCCAACACAUUUGGUUCCAUCAACAUUACAACAAUACAAGAUUUUGCAUCAUUUGCAUUCAAAUAUUCCUAUUCCUUAUGGAAUCCAUCAUCUCAACUCAACUGAAUACCACAUGUCCCAGUUUGGUAUGAAGCUUCAACAAGGAAGUAACACCAGUAAGGAUCAAAACACACAAUCAGUUGGAAAUCCCUCAUUCUACGAAACUUCAUCACCGUCAGAACUUUAUCUCCAGAACACUCACAGAAGGCUUUAUCCACAAUGGGAAAACUUGGCUCCUACAAAAUAUUUAAAAGAUAACAAUACUGUAGAACUAGACAUGAACAGUGACUCUCUCCCACACACAACAAAUGUAAAAAUGAGCCCUACAGCAGGAAGUGCAGCAAUGGGCUCUCCUGGUCGACCUAGUCCUUCCUUUGCUCAAACAAGUACUGUUUCAGAAAAUUUUGGUGAAUUGCCAAACAAGUUUAUUUCAAGCACAAGCGUUAAAAGUAAUAGAUUGGAAGAAAACUUUAUGCACUUCAAACCAAUCAGAAAUCCACAUGCAAAUAAAUUCUACAUUCAAUAUGAUCGGCUAGAAAGGCAAGGCACAGAAAGCAGAAUUCUAGGUGCCAAUGAGGAUUCGACAUCUAACCUAACUUUUUCUAAUGUCACCAUUUUGGAUUAUGGCCAUGGUAAUUCGCCAAUCUCCUCAAAUACAAGCUCCAGCAGCAUGAUCCCUUUAAACCUUUCCAAGAAGGACAAAGAAAAAACAGAGCAGGACAAGCUGUUUGGAACUAACACUAAUAAUUUGCCACAUGACUCAAAUGAAAAUUCUUCAGUUGGCAAUGAUUGCCCACAAGAUGAAGAGUUUCAGACUUCUAUAAAUGUACAGGAAGUACCUUUAAACCUCUCUGUUAAAGCUAAGCAUGAUCAUUGCUGGCAAACAGCUGAAGGUUCCAUCCCACCACAAGUAGGCAGCACUUCUAAAGAAUCAAGGACACAAGCAAAAUACUUAAUCAGCAAUAAAUCUCUUCAUUCUGACGUGAAGAUUAAGCCGGUGGAAGACCUUAGUACUGCCAAAGAUCACAACAAAACAGGUCAAUGGAAAGAAAUUGUUGUCAGCAACCUGAAAUCUUUAAAAGUUAUGAGAAGUACGCAAAGCUGUAAUGAUGAACAGAAGCAGUCAGCUGCUGUGGCUCUUUGCCAGUUAGCUGAAUCUAACGAUGGAAAAUAUAAUGAGGAAUGGUCUCUUUUGCCAACUGGGCAAUUUACUAGUUUGGAGGACCCCAUCUAUGAAGACGAACACAUUGCAUUUGACAAAUUAGACAAACAACAGAAACCAAUAAGCCUAAAAAGGUCAAAUGAAGAAUCAGUUAAAACACAAUCAGAGACAACACUUGUAAAGAAUAACAUUUGUGAUAGAAUAUUCAAUUUGAGAAAGAAAACCAGAGUUGCAUAAGGUGGUACAAUUCCAAUUGAAACCAGAGUAGCAAAUUAUUAAACCAUGUGAGGUUGACAACCAUUGUUCACAUCAAGGUUUCAAAGCCUAGAUUAGUCACCAAGAAGCAUAACACACCCUAGGAUGAGGGUGUGUUUAAACUCCUCAUUGACUUUCUGUCUACUUAUAAAUGUUAUUAUACACACUAUACUGGGUGUUGGUUAAAAGUGACAGAUUAUAGCUCAACACCAACAGUCUCUGUUUGAAGUAUCUCAGGAUCCACUGCAUUUUCAGUUGGCAUUAUUUUGUGAAAUACAGUUUGCUGAUGUCCAGAAGAGUAACGUUCUUUGGGAUAGCGGCUCAAAUUAAAUGGAGCAAAGUAAUCUAUCAGGACCAACUAGUCUUUUUAUUUUAAGCAAACUGGCUUCAAAUGAUACAAGCCGCAAAAAUAAAUUGAAAAAUGCAGUUGGUGAUCUAAUUCAAACUCUGACAAUAAACUGGCUCUAGGUUGCUUCACACAACUACCUCAGGUGAAAUGAGCAAUUAAGUACGUUAACUUCCUAGUAAAAAAAAAUUAAUUAACUCUGUGACACAGUUUAUGGUCAAUGUGCCACAAGCACUUAAAAGAACAUUUAGAUUACUUACUUGAACUAGAAGGCAGACUUUAAUAGAAGGCAGUGAAAUCAAGUUAAUCAAAGUAAGUGUACAAGUUAAAGAAUAGUUGAAAUUCACAAUAGUCCAGUCAACACAGGACGCCAAAGAGCAGAUAUUUCAAUCUUAAGCCCAGAGGGCUAAAUUUUUUUAACAUUAUGCAGUGAUCAUUCUUAAAGCAAACAUUUUCUCCUCUGUAUAUAGAAACCUACUGGGAUAGCUUGUUUUGCUACAAAACAUAAGGGUACAGUAACCCAGUGGUUUAUUACCAGACCAGCAAUCCAAAGGCCACGAUUAAUCAGCCAUAGAAAUGAAAUAAAGUCCCAACACAGCAGCUAGGGAAUUUAAAUUCAAUUAAUUAGGUAAAAUCUGGAAUCAAUAGUAGUUUCAGUUAUGAGUACAACACCAUUAGAAUUAAGUGGAAACUUCUGACUCAACUAUGUAAUGAAUAUAUGGACUACCAAUGAAAUUUUAGCACCAAAACUAAGAGGAAUAAAAAGUACAUUCUUGUAACUGCAGAUUUUGUUAUGCAAAUUAAAGAACUUCAAUUCUGACAUUCACAUUUUUAACUGGCAAUUGAAAUAAUCCUUUCAAAUCCAAACUGACCCUUAGCUGAUCCAGAUGAAAGGACAGGUACAAAAAUGUAUACGUACACUACUCCUUUGCAUUUUAUAAAUUACUUUGCAUACUGUGAUGAUGAUUAAAAUACUGUACUUUUAAUUCUGUUUAUAUUAGUUUCACUUGAAGCACUAGGGAAAUCAAGUCACAAGGGUUUUACAGUACAGAAAAAAUAUGGACAUUAAUUUAUAUUUUAGGGAAACUGUUGGUGAUGGAAAUGUGUUGCGAUGUUAAUUCUUUAAUACCAUAAAUGGUUUAUGUUUUUUGUG